CAUACGUCCCCGCCAUGGAGCCACUGGAAGUUACUUUUGACUACGCCCUCACAUACAUGCGCAUUCCGUAGUGUACUUCACCAGUCCACCGACCUGGUACUAUGGCCGCCAACUCCAUGCGGUCGCAGCAAGCUUCGCUGUUGCGCCUGCGCCGUGUCGUCCAGCAGCGCCCGCCAUUUCCAUACGUCUCCCACAAUGACCAAUCCUCGCCUGCCUCGUCCACCAACGCCCGUCGCUCUUCUCUGUCCGUCCCGGCCGAAUCGCGUUUCAAUGCAAUUGGUGUUCAGCAAAUCAGUAGCCACAUCUAUCCUCAAGUCUUUGCUGCUAAAGCUCCACCGGCCCCCGAAGAUCUUGUCCGCCUGUCCAAAGACCACUUGAAGCGCCAUGAUCUCUUGGGAAAGAACACCGACUCGUCUGAGCCUGUUGCCUUUGACAUGCCCGAAAUACAGGGUCAGACUCUGGACGAGCAUUUUUACAAAUUAGCCAUGGAUUCUGCCGAGCCGUACCUAGGCCUCGCAAGAAAGUACUCGACCGCAAAUGCACCGCCGCGACCGAGAAAAUGGGUCAGACAGAGUGGUUGGACUAAGUACAAUCAGGAUGGUUCUUCUGAGCCUGUAGAAGCGCCAGAAGAGGAAAUGUUGACCUUUGACGUCGAAGUCUUGUGGCACCAGUCAUCCUUUGCUGUCAUGGCAUGCGCCGUCAGUGACAAGUCCUGGUACGCAUGGUUGUCGCCUUGGCUACUGGGCGAAUCCGAAAGCGACCGUCAUCUCAUCCCUCUUGGAGACCCUCGAAAACCGCGCAUCAUUGUCGGCCACAACAUCGGUUAUGACAGAGCGCGGGUCGCCGAGGAGUACGAGCUCGAUCAGUCGCGUAACAACUUCAUCGACACCAUGUCACUUCACGUUGCGGUCAACGGAAUGUGCUCGAGGCAGAGACCUACCUGGAAUAUGCACCGCAAGAAUCGCGAGACAAGAGACAAGAUCGCAAAUUCGGAUGCUGCUGCCGAUCUAGCUGUACUCCUGCAAGCAAAGGGGGACGUAGAUGAGGAGGAGGAACUCUGGGUUGGUCGUAGUUCUGUCAACUCCUUGCGCGACGUUGCACAGUUUCAUUGUGGCAUAACUAUCGACAAGGCUAAGCGUGAAUGGUUCUCCGAACUCGAUCGAAAAGGUGUCUGCGAAAAGCUUGAUGAGUUGCUUGAUUAUUGUGCUGCCGAUGUGGACAUUACUCAUCGAGUUUACAAAAAGGUCUUUCCAGCAUUUAUGGAAACAUGUCCUCAUCCUGUUAGUUUUGCUGCGCUUCGCCACCUUUCGACUGAAAUACUGCCUGUCGACCGAACAUGGGAUUCAUAUAUUGCAAACGCAGAAGCUACAUAUCGUAAGCUCUCGGACGCCGUGGAAGAACGACUGCAUGCUCUGGCCAGCAAAGCGCUUGAUAUGAAGUCAGAUCCAGAAAAGUAUGAGAAUGACCCGUGGUUGAGCCAGCUGGACUGGUCAGGUCAAGAGAUUCGUAUGGUGAAGGGCAAGAAGAAGGGCGAGGAGCCAAGACCUGCUGCACGUCAGAAGAAGCCUGGCAUGCCCAACUGGUACAAGGACUUGUUUGCAAAAAAUGAUGCGCCAAUUGGCCUCACAGUACGCACGAGGAUAUCACCAUUAUUGCUUCGCCUUGCCUGGGAUGGCCAUCCGCUAACCUGGUCUGACAAGCAUGGAUGGACGUAUAGAGUACCUUUUGCGGAAGCGGGGAAGUACUCCAAGAGAGGGCUGCAAACAUGCGACAUGUCUGAAGAGGAAAAUCUGAAGUUACGAGACGAUCACACCCACGUCUACUACCGUUUACCACACAAGGACGGACCUCAAGCUAGAUGUGCAAACCCUCUGGCAAAAGGAUAUCUACAGUUCUUCGAGAACGGCACACUCUCGUCCGAGUACACUUAUGCCAAAGAAGCACUACAAAUGAACGCUUCUUGUUCCUACUGGAUCAGUGCAAGAGACCGAAUCAUGUCGCAAAUGGUUGUAUAUCGAGGAGAAGAGAAUAAGAAGGAUCAGCUUGGGUUCAUCUUGCCGCAAAUUAUUCCCAUGGGCACCAUCACACGGCGCGCGGUCGAAAACACCUGGCUCACAGCUAGCAAUGCGAAGAAGAAUCGCGUGGGCUCCGAACUCAAAUCUAUGGUCAAAGCGCCGCCAGGCUACUGUUUUGUCGGCGCAGAUGUGGACUCCCAGGAACUCUGGAUUGCUGGACUUGUGGGAGAUGCUUCCUUCCAGAUUCAUGGCGGCAAUGCGAUCGGCUUCAUGAACCUCGAAGGUAGCAAGGCACAAGGCACAGACAUGCAUUCGCGUACCGCUUCAAUCUUGGGCAUCUCUCGAAACGACGCCAAAAUUUUCAACUACGGUCGUAUCUAUGGUGCUGGUCUACGCUUCGCCUCUACGCUUCUCCGCCAGUUCAACCCUACGAUCAGUGACGCGGAUGCAGACAGUACUGCUGAUAAGCUGUACAAAACCACCAAGGGUGCAAAGACGACUCGCAAGGUCUUGCGUGAUAGACCAUUCUGGCGUGGUGGCACAGAGUCCUUCGUCUUCAACAAAUUAGAAGACUUUGCCGAGCAAGAGCGACCAAGGACGCCAGUGCUGGGAGCAGGAAUCACCGAAGCUCUGAUGCGUCGUUUUGUCAGCAAAGGUGGCUUCAUGACUUCACGUAUCAACUGGGCAAUUCAAUCCUCAGGAGUCGACUACUUACACCUUCUCAUCGUGUCUAUGGAGUACCUCUCUCGACGUUACAACAUCAACGCUCGUCUGUCCAUCACAGUGCACGACGAGAUCAGAUACUUGGUCAAGGAAGAAGACAAAUACCGCGCCGUUAUGGCUCUUCAAGUCAGCAACAUCUGGACCCGCGCAAUGUUCUCCCAGCAAAUGGGCAUCCACGACCUCCCCCAAUCCUGUGCCUACUUUUCCGCCGUUGACGUCGACACUGUUCUCCGCAAGGAAGUAGAUAUGGAUUGUAUCACUCCCUCCCACACCACACCCAUCCCUGCAGGUGAAAGCCUGGAUAUCCUACAACUGCUGGCUAAAGGCGAUGAAGCAUACUUGGACCCAAACAUCAUCCCAACGGAUCCACCCCAACCUCAAAAAUUCUCCUAUGCGGAUCGAGAGCCUGUAAUGACAAGUCUGCAACAAGCGGAAGCUCCUGCAUACCUACGCGCUCAAACCACAGGCGACGAUGCAGAAUUACGUCAAAUUAUCAAAGACCUCCGCUUCCCUUCUUCUUCCCCUCCCUCUGCUUCCUCCUCCUCCUCCUCCUCCUCCUCCUCAACCACAAAACCCAAACCCUCCAACUCUUCCAAAGCCACACCGAGAAAGAAGAAGAACGAAUAUAGUGAUCAUAGACCUACGACAUUUGCGGAUUGGAGAGAUGGUUCUGUGCAUCAUAGUUCUGGUGUUUCUGCUGCUGCUGCUGCCGCCACGGGGACGAAGAGUGGAAGUGCAAGUGGGAGGAAGAGUGAGGUCAAUGCUGCGGCGGUGAAUCGGAAUUCUAAUUGGUAUCCGGGGUUGGUGAGGAAGAUUCCUAGUGCUGUUGGGCCUUGA